GGCAUGAACACCUGUGAGAGACAAGCCAAGACGUCGUUGUUGCUGAUCCGGAUCCGGAUCCGCCCAGCCAGGCGUCACAGCACCGACAAGAUGGCCGAGAGUACGGGACGAAAGUGAGGGAGGAAACAAAAACACUGGCGAGCUAUCCCUGCCGCGGACGCCGGACCUGUUAGAGCUGCCGAAGGGGAAAGAUAACAGCUGGGUCGUCGGUUCGUUCAGGGCUCGGUUCCGUGGGUGACAUUUGCGUUAUGCAGGAAAACAGUGCUCUGAGCCAGCUCGCUGCUCGUUGGUCAGGGUGUCUGCGUUGGCUAGCAAGCUAGCGGGCUAACCAUGCUAGCUAGCUGACAACACCGUUAGCGAGAGAAGACGCUUUGAGAAAGUGACAGACAACCUAAUUUAAAAAGAAAAAAAACAGCUGUUGCUAUUUCUUUGUUUCAUUUUUUUUUUUAUCAAUUGUUGCAGCAGCACAACUUCCCCGAAUGAGAAGUCGGACUGAACGCACUAGUUAACGCCUAACCAGCUGGUUAGCAAACUAACAUUGCGGAUUUCUUGCUUGCAGCUUCAGACUUAGCACUAGCACUCGUCUGUUAGCUUGCUCAGCUGUUUUUUUGGAUGACUUGGGGUUGUUCCGACACAGGAAAGACUCACCAGUCUGUGUGGAAAGACAUUUUUCUCUGUGGAAAGACGCUUUUCUCUCUACAUAUAAGCGCCUGAGACGGUCCACAGUAGGCCUGUGUGAGCAGGUGUCCUGGAGGAUUGCUAACAUUAACGGUCUCACAGCUGGGACUGUAAACACGAGUCAAGCCGAGUAGGACUCGGCGUUGUCAGACAAAUCCAGUCAGCAUCACCAUGGCCCAUUCUCCUGUUCAGGGCAACCUGCCGGGGAUGCAGAAUGCCAAAGCUGAUCCGGAGGAGCUGUUCACCAAGCUGGAGCGAAUUGGCAAGGGUUCGUUUGGCGAGGUGUUCAAAGGCAUCGACAAUCGGACCCAGAAAGUAGUCGCCAUCAAGAUCAUAGACCUGGAGGAAGCGGAGGAUGAGAUCGAAGACAUUCAGCAGGAGAUCACGGUGCUGAGCCAGUGUGACAGCCCCUUUGUGACCAAGUACUACGGCUCAUACCUGAAGGACACAAAGUUAUGGAUCAUUAUGGAGUAUUUAGGUGGAGGCUCGGCGUUAGAUUUGAUGGAGCCCGGAGCUCUGGAUGAGACCCAGAUUGCCACGAUCCUGAGAGAGAUCCUCAAGGGCCUGGAGUAUCUGCACUCUGAGAAGAAGAUCCACAGGGAUAUCAAAGCCGCCAACGUGCUGCUGUCCGAGCAAGGAGAGGUGAAGCUGGCAGAUUUCGGCGUGGCGGGACAGCUCACCGACACUCAGAUCAAGCGCAACACCUUUGUUGGCACGCCCUUCUGGAUGGCCCCCGAGGUCAUCAAACAGUCGGCCUAUGACUCUAAGGCUGAUAUCUGGUCUCUGGGCAUCACAGCCAUCGAGCUGGCGAAAGGUGAGCCACCCCACUCGGAGCUCCAUCCCAUGAAGGUUUUAUUCCUCAUCCCAAAGAACAACCCGCCCACACUGGAGGGCAACUACAGCAAACCGCUCAAGGAGUUUGUCGAGGCCUGUCUCAACAAAGAGCCCAGUUUUAGGCCAACUGCCAAAGAGCUGUUGAAGCAUAAGCUGAUCGUUCGCCAUGCGAAAAAGACUUCCUACCUGACCGAGCUGGUGGACAAGUACAAGAGGUGGAAGGCAGAGCAGACUAGAAUCACAGAGUCCAGUUCUGAUGAGUCUGACUCAGAGCAGGACGGCCAGGCGUCGGGCGGGAACGACUUUGGCAGCGAUGACUGGAUCUUCACCAUUCGAGAGAAGGACCCCAAGAAGCUGCAGAACGGGGAGGGACAGUCGGGGGCAGCAGACCAGACUAAAGACAUUCCAAAGAGGCCUUAUUCACAGAGCUUGGCCACAGUCAUCUCUCCUGCAUUAGCUGAGCUGAAGGCAAGACAGGAGCAGGUGAAUGGGAACCCCAUGGUCCUGGAUGAGCUGAGGGAGGCCAUCCUGCUGGCUGAGGAGGCCUUCCCCGGCAUCUCCGAUUCCCUAGUGGCUCACAUGGUCCACAGGCUCCAGAGUUUCUCCACAAGCAGGAUGUCCUCGUCCUCCCCCUAGUAACAGGGAAUCUGCCCCAGCCCUGAGCUCCCAGGCCCCCACCCCCCCACCCCCACCCCCGACAACACAGCCAGGUCGGAGGGUAAAAAGCCAGGGGUCAAGUUAUUUAAUAUCAGUGACCAUGUUUGACCUCUCCUGUGGAGGGGGGGGGGGGUGCUAACUUAGCCUAUAAAAAUUACUGAACUCCAAAGCAGAGGA